AUGUAUUAUAUAUUACGUCCACAUUUUAUCGCUAGUUUAGUUAGAAGUGGCAAAAAUGCCAGAUUCCUCUCGCACUUGGGUAAAGCUGCGUCAACCGAGUUCACGGUCGCACAUCCCCUUUCAUUUGAGGCCGAAAAAGUGGCGCAAUGCCUGAUUCCAAAGCCAGAUAAUUUCAAUAGUAUAUUUUACAAAAUAAGGCAGGCAUUGAGAGAUCCAAUGAGUAAAAUACACCCUUUCAUGCUCAUCUGUUACACAAGAUCAGAAUCGCCGGAAUAUUAUGAAAAUUUCGGACUGAAAUUUGAGAACCAAACUGUCAGGAUCAUGUUCACAAUCCUCCACGUGUGGUUCAUACACCGAGGAUUCCAUAAACACGGUUUAGACACCAGAAAGAUUCUCAUCUGGGAAUACUUAUAUGUUAGGUUUAGGGACAUAUUGGUGUCUAUUGAGACUCCGGAACACAACUUCGAGCGAUACUUAGUGGAUAUGCAGGGCAAAACCCUGGGUUUCUGCCUAGCACUGGACGAAUCGUUCGAUUUAUACUUCGAGAAAGGCGACCCCAGUAUGCUCAAGAAGAUGAUCACUCUAUACUUUUACAACAAUGACCAAAGACUAAGGGACUCUGAAAAUGUCGAAAAGCUAUCCUUUUAUACAAUCAUGAUGGAAUCGUUUAUCAAUAAGCUUCCCAAGGAUGAGCUCAAGCAUGCCUUAUUUGUAUGGUUAGUUCAUUAA